CCUACAAUUACAACUACAAUUACAAAGCGACCUGUCCUCUCCCUCCGCCUUCGGACUCGAUUCUUCCUUCUCGCUAUUUCAGUUUCUUUCUUGGCUUGGUUUUUUACAAGUUGUUUCCGACGCUGCUUGCUUGCUUUUGUUUCCAGGUCAGGUCGUGUUGUGGCGAUGAACACCGGAAUGAGGUCAUGCGCUUCCAAGCUACUCGCUUCUGCUGGCUCGAUUUCUUCCAAAUCAGUGAACAGGAGCAUUCACUCAACCAGUGUAAAGAAGAUGGGAGGAGGACAUGGGCAUGACGAGCCCUACUACCUUCAUGCAAAGCACAUGUACAACUUGGACAGGAUGACAAAUCGAAAGCUAAAAAUGAGUCUUGGUGUCUUUUCAGCAUUCAGCAUUGGUGUUGGAGUCCCCAUCUUUGCAGUCAUCUUUCAGCAGAAGAAGACUGCCUCAGGAUGAGAUAUUUUUGAUAACUUUUUCACUGUAAUAACAGAGAGCGCAUGCAUUCUUCUUUUUCUAUAAUAAGAUUGCCUGUUUGGAAUGGUAGGGUAGAUUGAAGCUGAGAAUGUUAUGUUUCAAAAGAAAAUUGUGUGUUGUGUUUGGACUCGCUCUGUUGCCAUCUUUCUGAGCUUGAUAAUAGAUUCUUUGUAUAAUUAAACUA